GACAAGCAUGGUCGCCUUUUAGGGCAAGCAUGGGUUGCUGAAGACCUAUUCUGCCCCGGAGUGAUGCAUCUCAGUGCGUAUAGAUCUGAUACCUUCGACCUUCACCUUUACAUCGUAUGCAAUGGUUGGUGUUUCCAAGUGAACAUGCAAUGACAGAUGGAAACCCAUGUCGUAGGCCCCGCCGGAUGGGAUGAUCUCCAUAAAUUGGGGAGCAAUGGCAAAUUGUACGUUUUCACAAGGGAUUGUUAUGAACACUAAACCUGACUUCAUGAGGACAGGGUGUCGGUACGACAUUCCAGCCAAGUUUCUCCAUAUCCAUCCAAGCACAAGCGGGGUCAUGAUUUGGCUGACAAGGCAGAGGCAGAGUAGUCCAGGCUAAGGAGGCCAGUUUUUCACUCAACUUGGAACAAAUUGCAACAGAAUUUAUUACACCACAAUUCAUUUCUACAAGGUCCCGAAAACAACAUACUAAAACUCCAAAGCAAUCCCAGUUUGGGAAAUAUGUCGUAUUUGCAUAAUCCAAUAUGGCCACCAAUUAUCAAUAUAUCUUCCAUAUUACAGAUGAGGUUCAAUGUUUUGAUGAAAAAAGCACGUGAAGAUUGUGUUUAGAGAUGUGAUUAAAGAUGUUGUGAUUAGAUGUUUUGUGAUUAGAGAUGUUGAUAUAACAGCUGUUUAACAGCUGGGGGGCAUCACAGUGGAAGUGCAGUUGAUUAGGUAUCUUGUUAUAACAUGUGGAAACCCAUCUAAAUUAGGAAUAGCGACUUUUACUUCCAGGGAAUGGGAAGAAACUGCGUUGUUGGAACCAUCCUACUGCUGACUGUGGCCCGUUUGACCAGCAUGUAUCUGAAUAUACACCAUGGUACAUGCGUAUCUUCUAUUAAUAACCUUCGUUGGAUCAAUAACCCCAAAGUUACUGACUUGUACAACACACAUGUCCAGACACAUACAGCAGAUGGAAGUGAGACGGAAUACCUUGAAGAUAGCCAUGACGCACAGCGGAGUAAGACAGAUGAAGCUUGUCCCUGGAACAAUAUGUCACCACCACUUGACGACAACACAAAGAAGAAAUAUAAAAUCCACGAUCUAUUUCGAGUGAAGAAACCUGCCUUCUUGUCAGACUACAAAAAUCCAUGUUGGAGGAAAAGCAACACCAGAAGACUAGUAUGUCUCCCGUACUUUUAUCUUGUCGGGUUUCCCAAAUGCGGAUCGACCUUCACCUUCAGUACCAUAGUCGCUCAUCCGGAAGUGGCCAAGCCUAAGAAAAAGGAAACUCAUUGGCUUGCCAGAGGUAGAUAUAACGUGAACUCAAAUUUGAACAGAUUCUUGGGCAUGUUCUCAACAGUUGCAAAAGUGAUAGAAGAGAAUGUGAUUGCUGAUUCCCAUACAGACAGAACAUUCCACCCAUUGAUCACAGGUGAUGGCUCCCCUUCUACAGUGUGGAACAACCCCAACUGGCGUUACCUCCCGGGCAACUACAACUGCACCGAGCCUCGUGUCCUCACCCCGCACUAUAUCCAUCAUCUCAACCCCUCCACUAACAUCAUCAUCGUCAUCAGGAACCCUACUGAUAUGAGGAUAUCCGACUACAACUACUUCUACAAAGGUCAUAUAACGGCAGAAAGCUUCCAUGACAAAGUGGUUGAUGACUUAAGAAUGUUUAAAGAUUGUUGUUCCAAGUUUCCCAUGAGGACCUGUGCAUACAACAGCAGCUUUAAGGAAAGAAUGUUGAUCGGCCUGUACCACGUGUUCAUCAGCGACUGGAUGAAAGUUUUCCCUCGAGAUCACAUCUUGAUUGCCAGACUGGAAGACAUGCGCGAUGAUCCUUACGCGUCUUACUCAAAAAUAUUUGAGUUCCUCGGCCUGAGUCAAGUGUCUCGAUCAGAGCUACAUCAGAUCCUGAGCAAAAGCAACAUGAAUCAAAGCAGAAAGCGAUUUCAGGUGAAGAACGAGACACGCCGUCUACUAGAGGACUUUUUUAGACCUCACAACAUUGAGCUUGCAAAAUUGAUGAAAAAUACGAUUCCCAUAUACAUUUAAACAUGUACAUUAGU